AUGGAGUUCCCUCCUAUGAGCCUAUGGGCAUUUUGGUCAUUUCUCCUUCUCACUUCCAUUCACCUUCAAUGCUUCUUCGGAUCUGACGCUCACUUCUCCAACGAAACUGAUCGCGUUGCUCUGCUCCACUUGAAACACCUGAUAACCGACGAUCCUCUCCGUUCCUUGAGCUCUUGGAAUCAUACUCUCCACUUCUGUAACUGGCAAGGAGUUACAUGCGGUGGUCACCGCCAUCCUCAAAGGGUCACCGCCUUGAACCUCACUGGCCAUAACUUGGUGGGGCCCAUAUCUCCCUUCAUAGGGAAUCUCACCUUCCUCAGGAUAAUCAAUCUCUCAGCCAACAACUUCCACGACACGAUUCCUGAAGAGAUUGGCCGUUUGUUCCGCUUGCAGUAUCUCAAUCUGGACAAUAACACAUUCAGCGGAGAGAUUCCAGCAAAUCUGACCCACUGUUCGGACCUCCAAUUCCUUUUUCUUUACCGAAAUCAGCUGGCUGGGAGGAUUCCGACUGAGCUUGGCUCUCUGACCAAGCUCACCAGAUUGACCCUCGGUCACAACAAUCUUACAGGAAGCAUCCCACCUUCACUUGGAAACCUUUCGUCUCUCACUUUCCUUUUUCUCUCAGAUAAACAGUCUGGAGGGCAGAAUCCCGGGAUUCCUCCCUCGCUGUACAAUCUGUCCUCCAUUAAGUAUUUGGACGUGGGAGACAACAGAUUGCAUGGAAAUCUUCCGCCUAACUUAGGCCUCACUCUUCCUAAUCUCCGAAGGCUAUAUGCCGCAUCAAACCAAUUCACAGGACCGAUACCAGUUUCAUUAUCCAAUGCUUCGGGACUUGUAGAUAUUGAACUUUGUAAGAAUAGUUUUAGUGGAUCUGUGCCUCUGAAUUUUGGAAGCCUCAAGGGUCUCUCCCGAUUACGUUUGUGGGGCAAUGAACUUGGAAUUGGGAAAGCAAGUGACUUGAGUUUUCUUAUUUCUUUAAACAAUUGCAGUAGUUUACGAGUGCUGCAGCUAGGCAUAAAUAAUCUCAGUGGUGCGUUGCCUGACUCCAUGGCUAAUCUUUCGACCCAACUCACAUGGUUAACUUUGGGAAAUAACAGGAUAUUCGGAAGCAUCCCAUCUGGUAUUCAGAAUCUUAUCGGCUUAACAGUACUGGCAAUGAGGAAUAACUUUCUGACAGGUACAAUUCCCAUUGGUGUUGGCAAGCUUAACAAGGUGGAGGUACUUUACUUGGAUGGAAAUGAAUUAUCUGGGCAUAUUCCGUCUUCUUUGGGAAACAUCUCCCGAUUGUACGGACUUUAUUUAGCUCGAAACAAGCUAACUGGGAGGGUGCCUUCAAGUCUUGGAAAUUGUACAUACAUGCAGUUCAUAUACCUCGGUAAUAAUAAUCUUAGUGGUAGCUUACCCAAACAACUUUUCAGCUUUCCCUCUUUAAUUGUACUCCAGCUCACAAACAACUCUUUUACCGAUAAUCUGCCAUUGGAAGUCGGUUACUUGAAAACUCUCUCGUUCUUGUAUGUUUCAAAUAACGAUUUAUCAGGCGAAAUUCCAGUCUCGCUAGGCAAUUGUUUAAGCCUUGAGUAUCUCAGGUUGGAUGGGAACUUCUUUCAAGGUCCAAUUCCAUCAACAUUUACUACUCUAAGAGGCCUUCAAUCCCUGGAUCUUUCAUGCAACAACUUGUCUGGAAAGAUUCCACGGUACCUGGAGAACCUUUCUGCCUUGCAGUAUCUAAAUCUAUCUUUCAAUAAUUUCGAGGGUGAAUUACCAAAACAAGGGGUCUUUAGAAAUGCUAGUGAAGUUUCAGUACUCAGAAAUAGUAAGCUUUGUGGUGGUAUUCCACAAUUGCAAUUGCCUCCAUGCUCUGGCCAAUCUUCCAAGAAACAGGGGAUGUCUCGUGCUUCAGAAGUAAAAUUCUCCAUAAUUGGUGUUGUCCUGUGUCUUCUUUCAUUAUCUUGUUUCAUUACCAUUCUUUAUCGGGUCAGAAAGUCGAGAAAGAAACCUUCUGCUUUGCCUUCUGCCCAGGAUCCUUUUGUCAAUGUGUCUUAUGCGGAGAUCUUUAAAGCAACAGAUGGGUUCUCUUCUGCUAAUUUGGUCAGCACCGGAAGUUUUGGUGCUGUAUAUAAAGGGUUUCUAGAUUGUGUUGGAACUAUGGUGGCAAUGAAGGUCUUCAACCUUCAACGACAAGGAGCUCUGGGGAGCUUUAUGGCCGAAUGUGAAGCUUUGAGAAACAUUAGGCAUCGGAAUCUUGUUAAGAUCUUAACUUGUUGCUCAAGCAUUGAUUUUAAAGGCAAUGAUUUUAAAGCUCUAGUUUAUGAGUACAUGGCAAAUGGAAGUCUAGAGAAGUGGUUGCACAGAGAUGGUCAUGAUCAGCUGAAAAGGAACUUGAAGUUUACUCAAAGGCUAAACAUAGCUAUAGAUGUGGCUUCUGCAUUGGAUUAUCUGCAUAAUCAUUGUCAAACGUCACUCGUACAUCGAGAUUUAAAAUCGAGCAAUAUUCUUCUUGAUGAUGACAUGACUGCUCGUGUGGGUGAUUUCGGGCUAGCCAGGUUCUUAUCUGAAGUUGCGCACACUGGUUCGAUUGGAAUGAAGGGAUCUAUUGGGUACAUCCCUCCAGAGUAUGCGAUGGGCAGUAAAGCAUCUACACAAGGAGAUGUUUACAGCUAUGGAAUCCUUCUACUGGAGAUGAUCACCGGAAAGGGGCCAACUGAUGACAUGUUUAAGGACAAUCUAAGCCUUCAUCUUUUUGCUAAGUUGGCUUUGCCUGAACAAGUAAUGGAGAUUGUUGACCCACAACUGCCCGUAGAAGAAGCUGAAGUUACUCAGCACAAUGAAAAUCAUGUCAAUAGAAGAAAUAGAAUGCAUGGCUGCUUGAUUUCAAUGGUCAAAAUUGGUGUGUUGUGCUCUGUAGAAUCUCCAAGAGAAUGAAUGUGGAUGAGAGAUGUUGUUGCAGAAAUGCAUGGA